GAAGUUUGUGGAUAACUGCUGACUCGGCUGGUGCAAAAGUGAUAAAAGGGGAGAACCCCCCAAAUGUGAAUCCAGAGAAACAGUUUGUUUCCCUGAAGGAUGAAGGUGUGAGCAUCUUAGAGGAGGAUGCGCUGCAGGCCCGCAUGCUCCCGCACGGAUCUGGGCUGGGUCUCUUAAUUGGGAUGUUUGUGCGUCCGGCUGCGGUGAGGACGGAUCCGGCAGAGGAGUCACAGCCUGCGUGCCUCACGCAAACCCCUCCUCGGCUUGCGGGCUGAUCAGCGCGGGGGUCUGACAGACUGACUGCCUCUCCCAACAACUACACACCCCGAUCCGAGUUCCCCUCGACCCGAGCCUCCAUCCGCCAUUUUCAGCAGAUUGAAGGCAGGUCGAGCACAAAAAUCACAAGCCCCCGCUCAAAUCACGCAGUGAGGCAUGGCGGCGUCCGGGGCGGCGGUAGAGUCUCUGGAGGAAAUUCCAGCUCAUGUUUGGAAAGGUUUGCCCGUCUGUCUGAACCUGGGACCUUCUGCUAUAAAUCAAAAUCGAAUCGGUGUCUGGGCCACACAAGUUAUUCCUAAGGGGAAACGCUUUGGCCCUUUUGUUGGAGAGAAGAAAAAGAGGUCCCAGGUCACCAGCAAUGUUUACAUGUGGGAGGUUUAUUUCCCGUCUCGAGGAUGGAUGUGCAUCGAUGCCACAGAUCCCAUGAAGGGGAACUGGCUACGGUACGUGAACUGGGCUCGCUCCAGUAAAGAGCAGAACCUGUUUCCACUAGAGAUCAACAGAGCCAUUUACUACAAAGUUCUAAAGCCUAUCGGGCCGGGAGAGGAGCUGCUGGUGUGGUACACGGUGGAAGACAACCCUGAGAUAACAGCUGCUCUGGAGGAAGAAAGAGCCAACUGUCUGAACAGGAAAAACUCGCACAGGGCGAAGCAAGCCAGAAGAAAACUUCUGGAAAAAGCCAGACAAGCUGGUUCAGGUGGAUUAAAAAAAACAAGUGGAACCGAACCCAUUGUUGAGGAGAUGUGGGAGGGAGGAGAAGGUGUGAAGGAGGAUGAGAGGACAUCAGACACCUCUCAGGGGACAGAAGUUCACCCUCUGGAGAGCACUAACAGUAUAGGUGUGCUGAAUGCAUCUGAAGCACUAACAGAGCCUGGAACCUGGGAGGAAGAAGAUGAGGAGGAGGAGGAUGAAGACGAGGAGGAGGAAGAUGGUGACGACAGCCAUGAAGCGGCGCACCAAACUUCUCAACAGUUAAAUGCAGCUGAAAGCAAACAGUCCGGCACAUCACCAGCGUGUGAUGGAGAAAGCCUCGCCGUUUCCCAGGUGAAGUUGAAAAGCUCCUCGGUUGCUGGAAACGAUCCGGAUUUCGAGCCCGACGGCGAGCUUGAGAGCGACGCGCACGGAGAGUCGUACCCCUGUCUUCACUGCGAGCGCCGCUUCUCUACCAGGCAGGGCCUCGAGCGUCACGCGCACAUUCACGGCAUCAGUUACCAGCAAGUCUUCAAGUGCCAAUACUGCAAUAAAUCCUUUGGUUCACAAGUGGGCCGACGGCGGCACGAGAGAAGGCACGAAGGCGGCUCUAAGAAAAGGCCGGGUUCUCUGGGCGGAGCUCCUUCCAGCUUAAUCAGUCCUGUCGUUCAAACCGACUCCAGUCCUGACUGCACAAGCCCGGCUACCCACUAUAUCGCUAUCGGGUUUUCGGGGGGAAACGUGCAGAACCCUGAGAUACAGAGAAAGGAGUUGGGACCCAGCAUCGAACGACCUUUGACCUUAGAGGAAAACGGCGAGUCAAAAGAGCUGCAUCCAUGCAAGUAUUGUAAUAAAGCCUUUGGCACGCACACCAACAUGCGCAGGCACCAACGCCGGAUCCACGAGCGCCACUUGUUACCCAAAGGGGUUCGCAGGAAAGGCAUGCUCUUUCAAGAGGCGUCCAUGCAGCCGCGGCCCGGCGAGUCUCCCAGCACCAGCCCUCCUCCCGUCUACGUGCCCAGCGCAGAUACGGAGGACGAGGCGGACAGGGACGACUACGCCGUCGACAUCUCCAAAAACAUAUCAGAGAAUCUGAGCUUCUACAUCGACGGUAAAAUCGUCUCCACGGGUGCAGUGAGCAACUGCGAGGUGAUAGAGGUGGACUCGCGCUCCGCUGCUCUGUUAGGCUUGGAUACGGUCAUUAUCAGCCCAAACCAGUUCAGUCAAGCGCUGAAGGUGGAGGCCAGAACGAGUUCUGCAAAACAGAUCUCCAGCAGUGGUCAGCCCGCAGCGAAAAGAAGAACAUCCACACCUCCUCUGGUUACUGGACUGAAAGUGGAGACGGAAACGACGCCAUCCUCCUCAUCUACAACCUCUUCCUCUAAGUUGCUAGUGGGGGGAAUAUUCCAGCAAAGCACAGAUUCAGCAGCUUUUCAACGAGAGAAAACCGUUUACCUUUCACCUAAACUAAAACAGCUGCUUCAGACGCAAGACUUCCAAAAAUCCACCAUCGCCCUCAUCACCGACAGCCACAGGCUGACCUCGCCGCUGGCGGUCUCUCCUCUGCAGGGGGCUUCAGGGAAAUUUAAACGGAGAACCACGUCUCCUCCGUCAUCUCCACAACUCAGUCCUGCUGGUAAAACCGAAAGCUGCAAAGGGGAUGCACUGAGCGCACACACACCCCUCAAGGUGCCAAAGUUAGAAAGUCACAGCGUGCCCCCGCCCGAGGAACUCCAGGAUAAAGACGAAGACGCACUGAGCCCCUCUGGAAAUGUGACACAGUCUUCCUCAGGCAGCGGAGGGAACUCCUGCAACCAGCAGCCCUUAGAUCUGUCCAAUUCUGUCAGCAGGCAAACUGAUAGUGUAAACAAGGUGCUCGGAGAUUCAGCUCUGGAUUUAAGUUUACAUUGUAAGAGUGUUGCUGAACCUGAAAUAAAGGGAAACGCGACACCUCAGUCGGUGACAAAGAAGAGGAAGCCCAACACCAGCAUGUUGGAAAAGGUGUUAAUGAACGAGUACGCCAGUCUGACUCUGCCCGCGGAGGAGGGCCCCUUCGCUCUGGCAGGCCUGAGUCGGAUCAGUUCUUCUUCUCCAAACGUUACAUCGGACUCCGCCCACCCAUCUCCGCCGUCUUUAACCCCCGUUACCAUCAACCCAUCGUCUCCGGGCGCCAGCAGCGCUACAUCUCCGACGCCGCCUCCUCCUGUUCUACCCACCAUCCCGUCUCCACCGGCGAUGCCGAGCUCGCCGCUGUCCCAGCCGUCUGACUCACCUGCACACAGACCUCUACCUGUCCUCUCCCCGAAAAUAUCUCCACGAGUCGAUGAACAAAAACUCCAGUCGGAGAAUUUCCUAAAUCACAAAGAUAAGGAGGAAGAUGAGAACCGAAUCUCUGAUUUAAUAGACUCUUUAAGCAGUUCGCUGGAAGCCCCGCCUCAUCCUUCUCCUGGGUCUACAGCUGAGGAUCUGUCCUCUCCAGAGAAGGAUCCUCCUCUUACUAAGCUAAACGGCAGCGCUGCAGACACAGAGGCGUCUUUGAAAUCAGACUCGGCUCCUCCAACUCCUCCUGUAGCACAGGAGUCUCCGUUAUCCUCCGAUCCUCAGUCGCUCUGUCUGAUCAAGGUAAAAGAGGAGCCCUGUGAAGACGACUCUCCUGUUAAGAACGAAGGUGUAGAUCCAGCUCCACCGCCUCACCCCGCUAAACCCUCAGAGGCAGAGGAAAUCAACUCCGUGUACUGCAAAAGUUUCGUGUGCAACGUCUGCGAGGAGCCGUUUAAUUCCAUCAAAGAGCUGAGCGCUCACAUCACGGAGCACGCCGCCGACUGGCCCUUUAAGUGUGAAUUCUGCGUGCAGCUGUUCGAGGACGCUCCCGCGCUGCUCACUCACCGCACCACGCUACACGGCGUGGGCCAGAUCUUCGUUUGCUCCGCCUGUUCCAAAGAGUUCGCCUUCCUCUGUAACCUCCAGCAGCACCAGCAGGACCUGCAUCCGAACGAGGCGUGCUCGCACACCACCGUGGAGAGCGGGAAACUCCGCCCUCACAAUUACACUGACCCAUCCAGAGCCAAAGAGGAGAGCAGUCCUCCCACGCCGGCGCAAGAGACGACGGAAGAUGCCCCGCAAACCGACUCGGAUUUACCGCAGCAAGAGCCGGACGUAAACGGAGAUCACGGCGAGGACCCCAACGAGGAGCUGUACACUACAAUAAAGAUAAUGGCGUCUGAAGGAGGGAAGCCGAAAGGUCCGGACGUUCGCCUCGGCAUUAACCAACACUACCCCAGCUAUAAGCCGCCGCCUUUUCCCUAUCACAGCCGCUCCCAUGCCGGUUCGGUGGCCUCCGCUACAAACUUCACUACUCACAACAUACCGCAGACCUUCAGCACCGCCAUCCGCUGCACCAAAUGCGGCUGCAGCUUCGACAACAUGCCCGAACUGCACAAGCACAUCCUCGCCUGCGCCAACGCCAGCGACAAGAAGCGCUACACUCCCAAGAAAAAUCCCAUUCCCCUCAAGGAGAUAGUAAAGAGUCCGAAUGGAGUGGCGCCCCCCGCUGUGGUGGUGGGGCAGGGGGCAUUUCGCAGGAUGGGUCAGCCAAAGAGACUUAACUUUAAUCAGGACGCGGUCAAGACGAAAAUGAACGCUCUCAGUAAGAAGAGAAACCAGCUGGUGCAGAAAGCCAUCUCCCAGAAGAAUAAAACCGCCGCCGCCACAGCCGCAAAGAAGAGCAUCGUCAAAACGGAGGCGGAGCUCGCCUCCAGCGUGUGCCCCCACUGCAGCCGAGAGUUCACCUACACUGCAAGUCUUACCAAGCACAUGGCGGUCAGCUGUCCCAUGAAGCCUGCUGCUGCUGCUGCUGCUCCUGCUGCUGCUAAAAAAGGCAGGAAGGGUCUGGCGGAGGUGAAAAAGGAGGUCAUUUCUGCGCCGGAUAAAAACACCAGCAAGAAAAAGCCUCCAGACUCCGAGGCUCAAGCGGAGGUCGAAACCAAGCCUGUGGUCAAAGCCAGGACCCGCAGCGCCGGCGUAGCCAACACCGAAUCCUUUCAGGGGAGCAAAAGGAAAGCCACGGCUGGGGCGGGCCGACUAAAGAGGACGGCUUUGUCCCCGGUGCCGGUGUCUCUUAACAAGAGGAACAAGAAAAGUUUAACUAAAACACUACCUCCCACCAUUCCAGCCCUAGACGCUCCCGCUGACGGGGCGCCACGGCCGGCCGUCAGAACGCCACGGCCGGCAGUGGGGAAAGAGCCAGGAGCCAAGAAAUUAGCAGAGACUACGCAACAGCUCAAGAAGGAGGAGAGGUUUUCCUUACGGAUGAGGGAGCGAAUGGGAGGUCCAGUCACCAGGAGUUCACAGAUGGCUCUUCCGCCAGCAGAGGUGAAGAGUGAGGAGACAUCGCUACAGGAGCCAAAAGACUCUCAGGACGUGUUGAUGAAGUAAAGCCAUGGUGACAGUGUUGAGCUAUUCCUGGAGUACAGUGUUCACCUACCAGACAAAACCUCUGGACUCACCAAAGCACUGAGGAUGACCUUUUGUAGUGAUUUUGUUGUUUUUUUGUUUUUUGUUUUUUUUAAAAGCUUCUCCCAACCCAAAUAAGUCUGCCUAUCUGAACUGCCUUUGCUGGACUCCUGGACUCCUUCUUUCUAUCUUAUGAACCUAAACUGAGCCUCAACUUCUGCCAGACUUGCAAAAAAAAAAAAAAAAAAAAAAAGGAAAAGAGAA